AAUUCUUUUCUGUCUCUUAAGUUUCAUAAAAAUUUACAAUAAAAAUAUUAUAUAAAUAUGGCUGGUGGAGAAAAAGAGCGAACGUUGGAGGAAACGCCAACCUGGGCUGUUGCAAUUGUGUGCUUUGUUUUGCUUGCUAUUUCAAUCAUCAUAGAACAUAUUAUUCAUGCUAUUGGAAAGUGGCUCAAAAGAAAAAACAAAACUGCUCUUUAUGAAGCAUUAGAGAAGGUUAAAGGAGAGCUUAUCUUGUUGGGAUUCAUAUCUCUACUCCUCACGGUGUUCCAAAAUCCAAUUUCUAGAAUAUGCAUAUCAAAGAAUGUUGCUUCAACGUGGCAUCCAUGUGCUGUCCCAAAGAAAAGUAAAUCUGGUUACGAAGAUUCUGAUGAUGAUGAUGGUGAUGAUGGUAAUCGUCGAAAACUCUUAGAGUAUUUAGGCCACAUACCUCGCCGUGUUCUUGCUACAAAGGGAUACGACAAGUGUGCAGAAAAGGCAAGUUUCAACACCUUUAACGAUUUCACUCUUCAAUCUUUUGAUUCUAAUUUUUGCCCAAGAAGAAGGGUGAAGAAAUUAAGAGUAAAAGAGAUUGAUGAUGAUGAUAAUGAAAAUGAGAAGGGAUGUUUAAAAAAUUAUAAAAUUUUUCAUAUACUACAAUGUAUUAUAACACUAGCUUUGGGAAGAACCAAGAUGAGACGAUGGAAGAAAUGGGAGGACGAAACAAAAACAAUUGAAUAUCAAUUCUACAACGAUCCUGAAAGGUUCAGGUUUGCAAGGGACACAACAUUUGGACGAAGACACUUGAGUGCAUGGAGUCGGACGUCAGUUUCCUUAUGGAUUGUGAGCUUCUUUAGACAAUUCUACGGAUCAGUUACUAAAGCUGACUAUGUAGCAUUACGACAUGGAUUUAUCAUGGCACAUUUGGCACCAGGAAGUGAAGCCAAAUUUGAUUUCCAGAAGUAUAUACAUAGAUCACUUGAAGAGGAUUUCAAAAUCGUUGUAGGAAUAAGUCCAAUCAUAUGGAUUUUUGCCGUGCUAUUCUUGCUGACUCAUACUCAUGGCUGGUACUCUUACUACUGGCUUCCGUUUAUCCCAUUAACUAUAAUCUUAUUAGUGGGUGCUAAGCUUCAAACAAUCAUAACAAAGAUGGGACUAAGGAUUCAAGAAAGAGGAGAAGUGGUGCAAGGUUCACCUUUGGUUGAGCCUGGAGAUGAACUAUUUUGGUUCAAUCGACCAGGCCUCCUUCUCUCUUUGGUUCAUCUUGUUCUCUUUCAAAAUGCAUUUCAGCUUGCAUUUUUGGCUUGGAGCACCUAUGAAUUCUCGAUACAUUCUUGCUUUCACAAAACAACUGUAGAUGUUGUUCUGAGAAUUUCAAUCGGAGUCGUCAUUCAAGUUCUUUGCAGCUAUGUGACUUUGCCCCUUUAUGCUCUAGUCACUCAGAUGGGUUCAACUAUGAAAACCACGGUUUUCAAUGAUAGAGUAGCAACAGCAUUGAAGAACUGGCACCAUAGUGCAAAGAAGCAUGUCAAAGAUAGUAAGCAUGGAGAGGGUAACAACAGUGUGACACCAUUCUCAAGUAGGCCAACAACACCAACUCACGGUCUCUCUCCGGUUCAUCUUUUGUAUAGGCACACUGUGGGUCACAGUGAUAGUGUCCAAACCUCCCCAAGGAUAUCCAACUAUGAAAAUGAACAAUGGCAUCUUCAAGGUUCUCCUUCAACUACUAGCAACCAUGACACUGAUGAGAGGCAAGUUGUAGAGCAACCUUCCACACUAGAAUCACCUGUCAUCGGUGCUCAACAUGAAAUCAACAUUAGUUUGUCGGAAUUUUCUUUUGCAAAUAGGCAAAAUAGUAGAGAUUAGAUAUAAGUUCUCAAUAAGCUAAGUUCGAAUGCACUGCAGAAUAACUUUUGCAUAUGAAAUGCUUGCUUGUAGUCACGAACCAAAUGUAAACUAUGUUAAGAUGCAGUUUCGAAGCCCCAUUAUUAACUUGAACAUUAGUAAUGAAAAGAUUCUACUGAUUUUACAAACUUA